AGGUCCCUUUGAUAGCUCUCUGAAAAUCCCAUGCCUUAUUUCUUCAGGGCCAGCUGCUGGCAGCCAGGUGCCCAGACUCCAGCGCCUCCCCAAAUCAGUGAAGACUGCUUGUAUCUCAAUGUGUUUGUCCCUGAGGACCUGGUCUCCAAUGCAUCAGUUCUGGUGUUCUUCCACAAUACCAUGGAGAUGGAAGGCAGUGGAGGACAGUUGACUCUUGAUGGCUCCGUCCUGGCUGCAGUUGGCAACUUCAUCGUCGUCACUGCCAAUUACAGAGUGGGGGUCUUUGGCUUCCUGAGUUCAGGCUCUGACGAAGUAGCCGGCAACUGGGGGCUGCUGGACCAGGUGGCAGCUCUGACCUGGGUGCAGAACCACAUUGGAGCGUUUGGUGGAGACCCUCGGCGUGUGACACUGGCGUCGGACCGUGGUGGGGCGGAUGUGGCCAGCAUCCACCUUCUCAUCACCAGGCCUCCCAGGCUCCAGCUCUUCAGGAGGGCUCUGCUUAUGGGAGGUUCCGCACUGUCCCCAGCUGCGGUCAUCAGCCCAGACAGGGCCCGACAGCAAGCUGUGGCCUUGGCAAAGGAGGUUGGCUGUCCUACCACAUCGGUCCAAGAAGUGGUGUCCUGCCUCCGCCAGAAACCUGCCAACAUCCUCAAUGAUGCUCAGACCAAGCUCCUGGCUGUUAGUGGCCCUUUCCACUACUGGGGUCCUGUUGUCGAUGGCCAAUACCUACGUGAAGUUCCAGCCAGAGCGUUGAAGAGGCCUCUGCCAGCAAAGGUGGAUCUACUCAUAGGGGGUUCUCAGGACGACGGAAUUAUCAACAGGGCAAAGGCUGUGAAGCAAUUUGAAGAGAGACAAGGCCGAACCAACAGCAAAACAGCCUUUUACCAGGCACUGCAGAACUCGCUAGGGGGGGAGGACUCGGAUGCCCGCAUCCUCGCAGCCGCCGUAUGGUAUUACUCCCUGGAGCACUCCACAGACGACUACGCCUCCUUCUCGCGGGCACUGGAGAAUGCUACCCGGGACUACUUUAUCAUCUGUCCCAUGGUCAACAUGGCCAGCCUCUGGGCAAAGAGAACCCGUGGAAACGUCUUUAUGUACCAUAUGCCCCAAAGCUAUGGCCACAGCAGCCUAGAAUUGCUGGCAGACGUGCAGUAUGCUUUUGGACUGCCCUUCUAUCCUGCCUACCAGGGCCAGUUCUCGACGGAGGAGCAGAGCCUGGCCCUGAAAGUCAUGCAGUACUUCGCCAACUUCAUCAGAUCGGGAAAUCCCAACUACCCACAUGAGUUCUCAAGGAAGGCAGCUGAGUUUGCAGCACCCUGGCCUGACUUUGUCCCUGGAGCUGGAGGAGAGAGCUACAAGGAGUUCAGCGCCCAGCUUCCCAACCGCCAGGGCCUGAAACGAGCUGACUGCUCCUUCUGGUUCAAGUACAUCCAGGCUCUGAAGGAUGCAGGUAAUGGAGCCAAAGAUGACCAGUUAACCAAGAGUGAAGAGGAAGGCUUGGCAGUGGGAUCUGGGCUAGAAGAAGACUUCUCAGGCUCCUUGGAGCCUGGCCCUAAGAGUUACAGCAAAUGACCAGCCCUGAGACCACCUAUUCACCCUGCCAGUUUCAUUUCAAACUACCCAACAUGGUGGUUUUGCUAUAAACAACCAUAAGCUUUUAAUAAAGUGUCUGCGCUCAGCAAAACA